ACAUGGAGGACUACAGUGCUCUUAUUCUGCACACAAAAAUGACCCGGGUGAAGUCUCUCGCGUCCGUUAGGAAACCAUGAAGUGUCCUUAGUGCGUGUGUGUGUGUGUGUGUGUGUGUGUUUUAAUUAUCGGCGAACAGGAAAAGGGGAUUUGAAGUGGAGGCGCUCCUCCGAGUUUAUUCCCCCCGUACGCUGGAGCCAGUUUCUCCGAGAAAAGGACGGAUUCAGCAGAGAAAGACCGGACAAGAAGUUUGUGCAAGAUGCAGGGGGUUUCAGCUCCUGACCUGCCUGCCUCCUCUCUGCAGUACCAGUGCGGAUCAGUGGACUAUCUGUGUUCUCCACGGCUGGUGAAGAAAGGCCCGACCCCCAGACCAUGUCACGACAGGCCUGCCAUCAAACCCCGGCCCCAGCCCUCCACCUCACCCAGACCGCCAACCGCACAGAAACCUCAAGUGCCCCCUAAACCUUCGCACCUGCUCGCUCUUGGGCAAGACAAGAAACCGAAGAGGAUCCCUCCACCCCCCUCCAGGCCUCUGCCAGCUCCCCCUCCUCCGCCUAAACCAAAGCCCAGUCUAACCCCUCCUGGCUCGGCAGCACAGCCACAGAAAGAGGCCCAGAAGGUGGGGCUGCUCAUCGAGAGGUUUGAGAAUUCAAGGGUCCCCAUCCUGGGGGUGGUGCCACGGUCCCAGCUGCACCUGUGUCUGAGAAUGGACACUGCGUCUGACAUCACUUCCUCCUGCGGCCAGGACGCCACGGUGCAGGUUGCAGGAGACUCCUCCCCUGUGGACAAACUUGCACUUGACACCUCAGAACGGACUCACGAGGUGUCAGAACUUUCCUGUCUGGCGUCGGUGCACAUCGAUGGCUCGGACGACGCCCCGCUGGACGACUGUGACAUCACCAACAGCGUCGGUUGCCUUGACGACGUGGAGCGGGAGGAAGGCUCCUCCCACGAGCUCCUGGACAAUCAGGACUCCUCGGAGCAGAACGGGAAGAUUCCCAACCGGGACAGUGGCAUCGACAGCCCGUCCUGCGCCGCGGAGGGGGAGGUGUUCCCCAACGAGGACGCCAUCGACGAGGAGGAUCAUUACGAUAGCGUCACUGAAACGGAGAGCGUGUCGUGCUGCGUUACCCUGGGCAACAAGCGUGACUCGACGCAGGACGAGGACAGUGACUUGGAUGAAGGGAGCAGUGGAGAAAUACACUCUCUGACAGACACACAGACUGGCUAUCUGACAGACGCACACUCAGAGGCGCACAAAUGCUCAGAGACUCAGAAGCUCCUGAACAUCGCCAAAGAGCUUCUCCACACUGAAGAGGCCUACGUCAAACGACUCAACCUCCUCGAUCAGGUAUUUUGCACUAAGCUCACAGAGGCUGGGAUCCCUCAGGACGUGAUUACAGGCAUCUUCUCCAACAUCUCCUCCAUCUACUGCUUCCAUGACAAAUUCCUGCUGCCUGAGCUCAAGACACGCAUUACUGGAGAAUGGGACUCCAACCCUCGUAUUGGAGACAUCCUCCAGAAACUGGCUCCGUUCAUGAAGAUGUACGGUGAAUAUGUGAAGAACUUUGACCGAGCCAUGGACCUGGUCAACACCUGGACACAGCGGUCUUCACAGUUCAAGAGCGUUGUCCAGAAUAUACAGAAACAGGAUGUGUGUGGGAACCUGACGUUGCAGCACCAUAUGCUGGAGCCGGUCCAGAGGAUUCCUCGCUACGAGCUGCUGCUCAAAGACUACCUGAAGAAGCUGCCUGAGGACACUCUGGACCGAAAAGAUGCAGAGAAGGCGCUGGAGCUAAUCUCUACUGCAGCGAACCAUUCCAAUGCAGCAAUCAGGAAAAUGGAGAAGAUGAACAAGCUGCUGGAGGUUUACGAGAGGCUCGGAGGAGAGGAGGACAUAGUAAACCCGGCCAACGAGCUCAUCAAAGAAGGCCAUAUCAAGAAGAUGUCAGCCAAAAAUGGAACAGCACAAGACCGAUACCUCUACUUGUUCAACAACAUGGUGCUAUACUGCGUGCCUAAACUCAGACUGAUGGGACAGAAGUUCAGCGUCAGAGAGAGGAUUGACAUCGCUGGCAUGGAGGUGCAGGAGAAUGUGAAGCAGAACCUUCCUCACACGUUUGCCAUCAUCGGCAAGCAACGUUCACUGGAGCUGCAAGCGAGGACGGCGGAGGAGAAGGAAGAUUGGAUUCAGGUGAUCCUGGCCACAAUCGAACGGCACAAACAGAACAGCGAAACCUUCAACAAGGCUUUCAACAGCUCCUUCUCCCGGGAAGAUGACCACCCCCCUGAGUCACCGGGUCCCUGGUGCAACACAUCCAUCGACUCAGACGGUGAAAGAUUGCAUGAAAGGAAGAGUUCCAGGAAAAAGGAGAAAGAGAAGCAAACGUGUAAAGGCUGCAACGAGAGCUUCAACUUCACCAAACGCAAACACCACUGCAAGUCCUGUGGAGCGGCAUCUGUGCAAAAGUGUUCAAAGACCUUGGACAAUAAAACGAGCCGAGUCUGCCCGGAGUGUUUCGAUGCCAGCCUCAGCCUGGAGACUCUCGGCGUUAGUGAACAGAAAAGGAAAGCUGCGCCUGAGAGACAGACAUCUCUAACGGGGGAGAACUGCCUGCUAUGUGGCAACCUUCAGGUGCAGGAGAAAGGGAAGAGCUGGUCCAAGAUGUGGGUGGCUGUCACCAAGGCUGAGCCACUGGUGCUCUACCUCCAGAGCAGUGGACAGGAGUCCAAGGGGGCGAGGGUGGUGCCUCUCCCUGGGUUUGAAGUCAGCGCCGUACCGCCAUCGGGGAGCGAGAAGUCGGACAUCAAACACUUGCUCCGGCUCACUCACACCCAGCAAACUUUGCUUUUAAGUGUCCAAGAUGCAGAAGUUCAAGCCAGGUGGGUGGAGGUCCUCUCCAGAGCCGCCCGCGGAGAAACAGCCACAGACGCAUCGACGAGCCUGACUGAACACAGGAAGAGCCAGUAGCGGCCAUGUUGGACUCGCUCCCUCCUCCCUCCUCCCUCCUUCUCCUGUGUAUAGAGCACACAUUACUUGAAUUCACUUUACCUUGGCACUUUUUUGUUUUGUUAUUUUCCUUUUGAGAGGACCACUCAGUCCUUCCUAUGCCACUUCAAUCUUCUCCUCAUGACCACACAGAUCUGUCUCCUUCUCUCUCUAUUUCCUGUCUCUUUCAAACACAUAGAAAAACAACAAGGACUAUUCUAUCAAGCCACCAACCAACCAACGCCACUGUAUGUAUGUGUGGUUCGGAUAUUUUAGUGUUUUCAAACGCCGGAGAGGACUAAAUGUUUUAUUUGUAAUAUAGCUGAAGAAGGUUCCUGUAUGAUUUUUUUUUUUAAAGAUGAAGUUUCUUGUACAUUAUGCGACUGUGUUGUGAAGCAUUAAAUCUUAUGUGUCUGUCUU